AUGAAGAUAUGGUUACAAUGUGAUCGUGGCGGCGAACCCAAAAGUAAAGCAACAGUUCGACGUUCCUGUAGCAAAAAGGUUGACUGUCCUUUUAGUCUGAUAGGGAAACUAGGCACAAGUAGUGGUAAUUGGAGCCUUGUGGAGAAGAAAAACAUUCAUACCGAUGAGCCUGCAAAAUUUCUCGAGGGCCACGCGUUUGCUAGAAGGCUGACCCCGGACGAAGAAUCACUGGUGGAGAGACUUUAUCUGCAAAACAGGGAGCCUACGAAUAUACAUUUAACCAUAAGAAAACAAAACUCACACAUCGUGUGCAUUAUACAAGAUAUACAAAACAUGAUAAAAAAGAUUAAACUCAAAAUGUACGGCGAUCGAACUCCAACGCAGAUAUUGGAGAACAUGUUGCAAGAAGAAAGGUACGUUUAUUUCACCAGGGUGAAUCCCCCCACAAACACGGUCGAGGAGGUUUUUUUCGUUCAUCCGGACUCGUACAACAUGUGGCGUGCAUUCCCACAUGUGUUGAUGAUUGAUGCUACCUACAAAACAAAUGAGUAUAAGCUACUAUUUAUUCAAGUUGUGGGUGUGACAUCGACACACAAGUCGUUUUGUGUGGCUCAUGCGUUUGUCGCUAAAGAAAAACAAGAUAACUUCUUAUGGGUCCUGGAGAAGCUCAAAGAGUUGUUGGUAGAUUGUAUGGAGCCACGUGUAAUUGUAACAGAUAGUGAUCAAGCUUUGAUGAAUUCUUGUGAUAAAGUAUUCCCAAAAGCUUCCAUAUUGCUAUGUAGGUGGCACCUCUCACAGAAUAUUCUAAAACACUAUCGGGCAAAAUUUACGGAUGAAGACUGGAAAAUAUUCAAGCUUUCUUGGUCUCGACUGUGUAGUUCUCCCACUCCGACGCUAUACAAUUAUAACUUUGAGCGGCUUUUCACGCGACCGACUAACGACGAACGAUCAGAUGUUCUGGACUAUUUGUAUAAUGUAUGGCUGAAAGAUUAUAAAGAAAAGUUCGUUUCAGCUUGGACUAACACAGUCCCAAAUUUUGGUCAACAUACAACCAACAGAGUUGAAAGCCAGCAUUCUAAGUUUAAAAGAUACAUUAAAGGGCCAAACAACUCGCUCCAUAGACUUGUGUGGCUUGUUGGCAAAGUUGUAGAGUCACAACACAUACAAAUAAAACCUAGUUUUCAAGAGAACAAGUCCGUGCAAAUGGGGGACCACAAAAUACCGUUUUUUGAUAACCUACGCGGUAAAGUUUCCCAAAAAGCCUUAGAGUUGUUGCUUGUCGAGAGGAAAAAGCUACAUGCGUUGAGGGUGGCAGGGGGGGGGGGGACUUGUGGCCACCAGCUUUCUACGGGUUGUGGGUUGCCAUGUGCUUGCCAGAUGGAGUGGUGGGAAAGUACAGGCUUAGGGUUUGACGGUGGUUAG